AUGACCUUUAUAUCCAAUGUCAUUUCGGGAAUACAGUCCACGUGUCUGUUUUCUCGGGCGAGCUGCUGGGGCGAUCCGGUGACCCGCCUUUGCGGCCGGCCGUCCUGGUUCAGCACCACUAGCGGUUUCGUACCGCGCGGCAAACUCACUCCGGUUGCGUGCCGGUUCGGGGGCGCCUCCCGUCGGCACCAGUGCUCUCUAAAAAUGCAAUUAUCCCUGCCAUCGGAAGAGUUAGAGUCGACCAAACAGGACGGCGUCGUCAUCGAAGCGGAGAACGCCACCUCCGAGAGCAAGCACCGGGACUGGAGCCUUGAGCGCUUCCCGCUAUCCGAGGCCACUGCAGCAGCGUUGCGUAAGAAAGGAAUCACGGAACUGACGGAGAUUCAGGCGAUAACAUUCAACGACAUGCGCAGCGGUCGUGACGUCAUAGGUCGUUCGCAUACGGGCACGGGAAAGACGUUUGCGUUUGGCGUGCCGCUUGUUGAGCGUAUGGUGGAGGCGCGGGUUUCGAACGGUAGCCGACGCGGUGCUCCGGGUCGCUCGCCUUGUGCACUGGUCUUGACACCCACUCGUGAGUUGGCAAAACAGGUAACAGAGCAGUUGCGUUUGAUUGGGCAACCGCACGGCUUAGCGGUGGACUGUUUCUAUGGCGGCGCAUCGUACACACAACAGGAGGAAGCGCUGCGUCGCGGCUUUGACGUUCUGGUUGGCACACCUGGUCGCAUUCUCGAUCAUUUGGAUCGGGGAACAUUGAACCUGAGUAAUAUACGGAUCGCUGUCCUCGACGAAGCGGAUGAAAUGCUGUCGCUCGGUUUCGCUGAGGACGUGGAGCGCAUCUUUCAAAAGAUGCCGCCGAAGGAGGAGCGGCAAACGGUGCUUUUCUCCGCGACGAUUCCACCAUGGGUGCAGAAGAUUGCCGCGCAGCAUCAACGAGCGCCGGUGGUUCACGACGUUGUCGGCAGAACAGAGACCAGGGCCGCAAAGAAUGUUCGCCAUGUGGCAGUUCGCGUACCGGAUGCGGAUUUUGCCCGAUUCGCAAUGCUGGAGGAUAUCGUGUUUGCCCACGCAGAGACGGGAAAUCAGCGGUGCAUCGUGUUUACGGAUACAAAGCGUGAAGCCGACGAGAUUGCCAUGACCGCGUCCAUCUUUCGUAGCAGUGUAGCACAGGUCUUACAUGGCGAUGUGAGUCAACGGCAACGCGAGCUCACAUUGCAACAGUUUCGUGACGGUCGUUUCUCUAUCCUGGUGGCCACGGAUGUUGCCGCCCGCGGAUUAGAUAUCCAUGAAGUAGACGUAAUUGUGCAGAUGCGCCCGCCGCGCGACGUCGACACCUACAUUCAUCGUGCGGGUCGCACUGGCCGGGCGGGACGCAGUGGCACAGCAGUGAUCAUGUACAGUGACUCUGAGCGCGGCCUUUUGCGUGCCCUUGAACGAGGUGCUUCGAUUCGAUUCGAGCAAGCGGGGCCACCAACGCUGGAACGGGUGCUGGAUGUCGCUGCACAGAAUGCCGCUCGUGCAGUCGGUGAAGCCAGCACCAAUCGCGUUGUGCCCUAUUUCCAACGGGCCGCCGAUGAGCUCGCUGCAGCCCAGUUCGAGGGCGAUGCGCGUCGAGCUUUGGCUGCAGCACUAGCCGUCAUUUCUGGACGGACGCAUAUCGAGCACCGCUCCCUGUUGACAGGUGAGGCUGGCCUGCGUACCCUGCUCCUGACAAUGAACCGGGCGGGAGUAACGCCUCGUGAUGUGCUCGGCAUCGUUCGGCGUCUGAGCCAGUCCGGAAAACUCUUCACCGAUGAUAUUGGCAAAGUGCGCCUGUGUCGCGACCCUCGUCAGGCAGUUUUCGAUGUCUCCGUCGAGGCUGCCGAUGAGAUUCUGCGGUGCAUGGAACCGCAAUCAACCACAGACGCCACCUCGUCGGACGCAGAGAACGGAACAACGGCAUCACAUGCGUCAACAGGCGCUGCUGCCGGUGGAGGUACUGGUGAUCGACGCACCCGCUACCCAGACUUUACCAUUGAGGUGUGUGCCGCGCUUCCAGAACUGCGUGUUGAUGAUUAUCGCUUCAGCUCCGGGCACUUGGAGCGUAGACGCGGCCGCUCGCUUGACGACGACUCUGAUCGUCAGUCUCUGAACGGACGCACGCGUGAUGGGCCCGGUGGUCGUACCGGGCGGCGCGAGCGCUCGUCACGAGUGCGAGGCGGUCGACCGCAGCGGCGACGCUCCAUCUCCUACACCCGUGACGUGCAGUAG